AAACUGAAAAAGAUAUAAAUUCCCAAAGAUUUAAACCUAAAAAGGGUUUGUACCAUAAGUAACCUAUUCAAAUCUGUAAAACUACUGCUUUCCAAGCACGAUAGUUGGGAAAUCGCGAGUAGCAGCAGUCGUCCCUUCCGGCAACGGCCUCGGAACCAGGCGAGUAGCAGCAGUCGUCCCUUCCGGCAACGGCCUCGGAACCAGAACCUCAAGAUGCCCGUCAGAUGGAUUCUUCACUGGCAACCGAGUCAAGGAUCGGUAGUAAACAGCCACAUACUGAACGAAAUCUCACAGUGCGUCGACACUUUCAGCGGCGUCAAAGAAGGAAGAUGGAAAUCCACCCUCACUUUCUACAGACCUAAUGUACGAGAUCAAUCGAUGAGUGCCGAAUUCCCUCGCGAUUUUCUCGGAAUAUCUCUCAUGGAACAACCUGAUAAAUAUUACUUCAUCAUUCGCGGUCAUAAGCUUGUUCUUGAGGCUGAUUCUUCAAUUUUGACUAUCAUGGAGAAACUUCAGUCUUACAAAUCUAAAGUUGCACUUAAUUUUGAGGGUUUGCAGUAUAGACUGGGUGACUUUCAGUUGAGACUGAUUAAAGUUGUUCCUAAUCAAGCUGAAAAUCUCAGAGGCAUUUUAAUGGAGAUUGAGUAUCUUCCUAUUUCUUCAAUUGAAGUAGCCAAGCCAGUUCUUGAAGAGUUCAUUGAAAUAUGGCGAGAAGUGCUGUCGAAAAAAUCAUUACCAGGUCAAUUCAUGCGAGCAGAACCAGUUUUUGCGGAAUAUGGGCUCUCUGACCGUUACACAUUUCAACACACAGCUGUUCAGUAUGCUGCUGCAUUGGCCCAAUUAAUUGCAUCAGUGCAGUCAGGGCAGAUAAGGAGUUAAUUAGAUAAGGAGUUAAUUAGUUAGUUAGUUGGGACCAUUGAAGACUUUUCCCCUCAUCAAACUGUGAAAAUGGUUUCUUGUUCCAUGUAUCCUGCUGUUAUUUAUUUUCUGAUGGUACAAUUGAGAGGAAGAACUCUUGAUCCUUCCUCUCUUUUACUUUUUAAUCUUAUACACUUUUAUGAACUUCAAAAAUUCAUCUUAAAAUAAUAAAAUAACACCUUUUGGAUAUCAA